UGCGAAUUUUCAUUUAAUGGAAAAAGGUUGCGUACCUUAUUAAAACCAUUGUAAAUAAUACUUUAGUAGCGUGAAUUCUAUGUGAAAUCUUCCCAGCCAGUGUGUUUAAACGGAAUAUUUAACCUACUGUUUAACGUGAAUUGUUAAAUCGCGAUUUUAGAUGAUACUGUAAAUCAAGAAAGAAUUCUUUUUACACUCAUCCUAAUCCAGCGUAGUUGGCAAUGCCAAGUACAUUACUGUUCGCAAACAGCAAUGAAGGCCGAGUGUACGCGCUGUCCACCGCCGGGUCGGCCUGGCGGGAGUUCCUAUACCUGGGACUGGAGUUUAAACGAAUUUCAGUGGUUCCACACUUUAUGUGGGCCAUCGGCGGAGAUCGGCAAGUGUACGUCCAUGUACACGGUCUGGACAUUCCAAUUCGAAUGAAAGAGGAAACAUACGAAAAUGAACGAUGGCUCCCGAUUGAAGGUUUCUCCAGUAGGUUACUUCCAACGGACCGCUAUCAUUUCUCCAAUGUUGACGGAACAGUAGACAGAAAUAUCGAUAAGAUUCGAUUGCCUUCAAUGGCUUGGCAGUGGGAAGGUGAAUGGCAACUCGAUCUCAGCUUGGACGGACAACCAUUAGACCAUGAUGGUUGGACUUAUGCGGUUGAUUUCCCAUCUACCUAUCAUCCCCAGAAAAAUUGGAAGUCCUGUGUAAGGCGUCGGAAAUGGAUACGUUUCCGAAGAUACUGUGCGUUGAACUCUUGGUGUGCUGUAGCUCCGCUUCAUAAGGAUCCUACCCAAGAACCGUUCAUAGAUGUAGCAAUCAAUGGAACUAAUGUCCCUGGAGCCGCACCGGGUCUUUUGUUGGUUUGGGCUGUUACGGCACAUGGAAGAGUUAUGUUCAGAACAGGAGUGACCACUACAGCACCGGAAGGCCUUCGUUGGACGUUAGUCACGACUCCAUCCGGAUGUGAAGUGUCGCAAAUUGCAGUUGGACCCACCGGCCUAGUCUGGGCUUCAUUGUACAAUGGAAGGGCUAUCGUACGUGCAGGUGUUACCCGUGAUGCACCGAUGGGUACCACAUGGUUAGAAGUAAAACCACCUGGUUCUAAUUUGAAAAUCGCGCAAGUUUCUGUAGGAACCAAUUCCGUGUGGUGUGUAACUAGCGAUAACCACGUGUGGUUUCGGCGUGGAGUCAAUGGAGAAGCGUCCGGAAUUAGUGAAGAUGCGGCUAUUGGAAGUGGUUGGGUUGAGAUGGUUGGAAAUAUUUCGUACAUCUCUGUAGCUCCAAAUGACCAGGUAUUCGCCGUAGGAUCUGAAGAUCGUGCACUUUACUUCCGCUCUGGAGUGUCUGCUUCGGAUCCCACAGGAAAAAAAUGGCGCAUAAUACAGCUUCCCUUGCAAAUGAGUCGAACUUCUAGUAACUUUUCCAUUUCUAGUCGACGCAGUGGUAGCGAUUCUCCUUCGACCAAACAUCGUAGUUUGAACAGUUUAUACAAAGAGAAACUACAACAGGAAAGUUGCUCUUUGGUGGAAAAUAGCGAGGAAACAUCUCGAUCGGCUCCAACAAUUAAUCCAAAGAAUCGUCCUGAAUUAUGGCAUAAACCUGAGGUCUCCCCGGAUGCAAUUACCACGGUUAACAAACUAGAAUCGCAGCACGUUGGAAGCCUUGUGGAGAAAAAGGUGACCAGGAAUUUGUCAAAUGAAACCGUUGUUGCUUCCAGUGCCCCAUUGAACGAAGUUUACGAAAUUUCCGGAAAACAGUUAAAAAAUUCUCGUGCUUGGAGUCCCGUGAGAAGUGUUGGGUCGGUAGUAGGGACCGAAGCACAUCCGGAAUCUGAUUCAAGUGUUUUUGAAGGAGAAAGUUCUCGGGAUUCAGGCGUUUUCGGUGAAUACGAAGACCACGGCGGGUCGCAGAAUUGGGCAGAAUGUGAAGUACUUUGGAUUGGUUGUGCGGCCGGUGCCGUCAGCGUAGACCCAAACCAGUUACCAAGUUGGUUCAACGAUGCAUUCGCAAAUGCAACCCAGGAGGAACUUACUCAGCCCUGGCGUCUGAAGAUCCUGGAUGACUUGAAACAGCGCCCUCCUGGUCCGCUGGGGAGCAGCGAGUUUGCAGUUUAUGAAAAAGCUAUUGAAAUGUCAUCUUGGGUAAAAUCGGGUGAAGCUCGAGCUGCCAAGUCGGGGCAUGCUUUUGAGGAUUGCUUGAUCGAGCUCGAGUGGGUCAACAAUCAGGGCUCGGGACCGGAUUCUGGAACAUUAACUAUUUUAAAUCCGGAUGGGAUAACAACGAAGAUGCAGUUCUCCCUAUCGGAAAUAACGUGCAUUAUGUGCUGCAGUGAGCCUGGUUCGCCAAGGCUAGCUAUCCAUGCCCCACGAUUACCUCCCGGAUCAUCACCGAUCAAGGUUCAGUUCAGUGGUGACACCGAUUUGGAAGACUGGAUAUCACACCUCACGUCUGUGUGCUGCCAAAUAAAUGAAGUGCAUAGCAAACCAUCGCCCCGUUCUAUGUGGAUCACUUCCAACAUGGGCGACGUCUUUGUGUUUGACCCAACCAACCUGGAAGCUUCACAGUGGCAACCAGAGGAAAAAAUCUUCCAGCUAAAAAUUGACGUUUCGGCUGCCGAAACGCCUUAUCUUACUUCUCUGUAUAAUGGAAUGGCUAGAGGAUCACGGCUCGAAAUCUCAGGCUUUGUGUACGACGAUGCUGAUCACAUUCGGUUUGACCUGCAAAGCCAUCCAACGGUUCGCUUAAGACAUAAGAUGGAAUCUCAAAGAAACAUUCCCUUGCACAUUAAUCCGCGUUUUAACGAGAAAAUUACUGUUUUUAAUUCAAUGGAGGCUUCGCACUGGAACGAGAACGAAAUACGAAACCAAGAAAUGCUGUUUUCACCAGGGGCAGAAUUCAAACUAGAAAUUAGGACUGAUCGCGAAGGCUUUCGAAUAUCGGUCAACGACAAGGAAUAUCCCAAAUUUAAGUAUCGGAACGGACUAACACCGGAUGCCAUCUAUAGCUUGUACAGUAGUGGUCGAGUUAAGAUUUUCAAUAUCGUUUAUGAGAGCCCAAAAUUGAUUUUGCCAUUGCGGGAUGUUUUCUGGCGUCAAAUAGGAGGACAUCUCCGACGGGUUCAGCCUUGCAAAGCAGGAGUCGUGUGGGGUAUCGGAUAUGACAAUACAGCAUGGGUAUAUACCGGAGGUUGGGGUGGAGCUUUUCUCAAAGGCUUGGAAACAAGUAAUCAAGGGAUAAACACGAUGACGGAUACACAUAAUUACUAUAUUUAUGAGAACCAAAGAUGGAAUCCGCUAUCAGGUUUUUCAACGACUGGCUUACCAACCGACCGGCAUAUGUGGAGCGAUAUUACGGGCAAACAUAAACGAAGUAAGGAACACACGAAACUACUGUCUAUGCAUUGGCAAUGGGUGAGCGAUUGGAUGGUAGACUUCCAAAAUCCGGGUGGGGUUGAUCGUGAUGGAUGGCAGUAUGCAGUUGACUUUCCAGCCAGUUACCAUGCCAAAAAGCAGUUUACAGAUUAUGUGCGGCGAAGACGGUGGUAUAGAAAGUGCCGCCUCACAACGACUGGACCAUGGCAGGAAGUUGGCAAUGCAAAAAUUAUGGACGUAUCGCUACAGCCAGACAGCGAUGAAGUAGAUUGCAGUAUUACAGUGUGGGCAGUUGCCGCAAAUGGAGAUGUACUUUACCGCAGAGGUGUUAGCCAAUCACAACCAGCGGGUGCCGGAUGGGAGCAUGUAGCUUGUGAUCAACCAUUAGUUAGCAUUAGUUGUCACCUGAACAAAGUAUGGGCCAUCGGUAAGAAUGGAUCCGCUUACUGGCGCUGUGGAAUCUCUAGUGACAAUCCACUCGGAAGCAAAUGGCAGCCCAUCGAACCGCCAGGUGGGGUCACAUUCAAACAAAUUUCAGUCGGAAAGGCAGGUAUUUGGACGGUUGAUACGGCGGGCCGAUUAUCCGUGCGAAAGGAAAUAACUCCAACGUUUCCCGAGGGUAGCCACUGGCAGCUGUUAUCCAAUAUCCAAAAUGACCCUCCCCAUUACGAAGGAAACGUUGGAUUUAAGAACGUUUCCGUUGGGGAACAUGUGUAUGCCGUAUCUCAGUCGGGAUAUAUUUGUAAGAGAAGUGGAAUCAGUACUGAGAACCCUGCUGGAACUGGCUGGGAUCUAGGAAUACAGGGAAAUUGGCACUACGUAUGUGUAAAUGGAUUCCUUAAUUGAAAUUGACAACCAAAGUAAGACUAUUUUAGCUAAAAGUCUUUUCAUCUAAUGUGUAUUAAUGUGUUAUUCUGAUCGAACAAAUCGACGUAUUUAUAACUACAUCUGCUUAUAUAGUAUGAUCUGCGAUCAAUUGAUUAUAUCGUGCAUGUACGUUUGACAAGAAACUUUCGAAAUAUACAGGCAGCUUAUUUUAAGUAACCUGACAAAGAUUAGAGUCUAGGGGUGAAGAUUAAAUGAGACUAACGUGGUAUAAUUAAAUGUUCGCAUCUCGUAUGUAAAAUAUGCUUUCAUAUUUAACAAAUAAAUAGUGAUGCAGAAUGCUAAAACAGCUCCGUUUUACAAUUAGUUCAAUGAAUGAAUUAAUCUGAUGUAAACUUCUUUGAUGCCAUAUAAGCGUUAAAUGUAUCAAAGGUAUUUAGGCAUUUAAUAAGAAGCUGUAUAGCAUAUCUGUGCUCGGCACAACAGCAUGUGGAAUAACGACUAUGAUAAUACCAAUUCGGCUCUGACUGUGGCGUAAUAGUUAUUUGUAAACUUCUAUUUUUGUUUUCAGAAAUCAUAAAAUCAAUUUUUGUUCACCAAACAUUUUGAAAAACUGUGAAAGUCUUCUUUUUAUGGAUACUGCUCUUAUGUGAUAUAAACUAUAUUUCGAUCUAAUUAGAUUCUAAUUUACAAUUUCGACCAAGCCUAGUAAAUAAUUUUUAUUUCUGCUAAUAGCACCCAAUAAUACAACCCAAUAAUAUUUGACACGCUAUUACCUGUGUUCCAACAAUAUGAAUGUAGAACCUAUUCAAAAUCUUGUUAAAAUAUCAGUAUUUUUGGCGUUAAGGGAUUUAUCACUGUGCAUUCU